AUGGACAGUCUCGGCAGCCGUUGUAAGAUCGUGGUGGUCGGAGACACGCAAUGUGGGAAAACGGCGCUCCUGCACGUUUUUGCCAAAGACUGCUUUCCAGAGAACUACGUGCCCACAGUUUUCGAGAACUACACCGCCAGUUUCGAGAUAGACAAGCACCGGAUUGAGCUGAAUAUGUGGGACACAUCA